AUGAAGAACAAGCAGGUCGCAGAGCCGGAGUGGUUGCAGCUGCAGGUUGACUUCUGGAUGGACUACCAUCAUGUGAAGCUGAAGAACCCGUACUCUUGGUACGUGGGCAUCCGGCACGGCGAGACCGCGGAGCUGCAAGCCCAGAGCUUCGAGGAGUACAUGCCAUACCUCACUCAGCCUGAGCCGCUGGACCAGCCCGAAAAUCUCCCAUCCAUGACGCACGGCAUGAAGGAUCCGAAGAGCUGGGCCAUGAACUUCCGCUUCCCACUUCCGGCCGGAGGUCCCUCCUGGGAGCAGGAGCCGAUGAGCGCCCACUUCGAGGCGCGUAAGUGCCCGGAUGAAGGAUGCCUGCAGGGCCUUCCUGACCGCCAGCAGAACUGGUCGCACUACAUCCUGUGGAGCGAGAAGUUUGGUGAUGCCACUGCCGAGAUCAUCGAAAUCAAGAAGGAGGACUGGAUCCUUAUGGACCUGCCGGAUGUGCGCGUCAAGAACCUCACCAUCUACGGCAAGCUGUCCUUCGACGAUAGCCGGAUACUCAGUG